AUGAAUACAAAUAUGUGUAGUAAGUUCCUUUAUGUAUGGACGAAUUUUAUAUAUCAAUCGAAUAUUGGAAACUAUAAAUUUUUGAAUGAUAUACUUUUCAAAGAGUAUUGUGAUAAUGAAACAUGUAAGACUGAUAUCAAUAGAAUUAAUGCUGUAUGUUUAUUUUUAUUUAAACAUUUUUUUGAGAGUUCUGAAUCAUUCAAGAUUAAUGCAAAAAACAGUAUCUAUAUUGUUGAUUACAUUAUCUUAUGGUUAAGUUAUAUGUUAAGCUUAAAUAAAAAUAUGAAUUAUAAGAAUAUAUAUGAUUUUUAUGAAGCGAAUAUAAAGAGUGAUAGUAAGUAUAAUGAGAAAAUAACUAAUGUUAACGAUUAUAAUAGUUAUAAUGAUCUUAUAGAUAAAAGAAAGGAUUUGCUGAAUAUUAAUUUUGAAGAUAUGUCUAAAUUUUAUGAUGCAUUUAAAACAUUAUGUGGUAUGUAUAAUGGACUUGAUAUAAACAACUCAAAUUGCAAUAAUUGUUUAGAAAAAGCUAAAGAAUUUGCUAAAAAAUAUGAUUAUCUUAAUGAAAAUUAUAAUAAUAAUAAUAAAGAUAGUCCCUAUGGUCAACUAUUGUCUAGAUUAUCAAAUGAUUAUAAUAAUUUUAAAAAUAUAUAUAAAAAUUCCCAAACUAGCAAAUUUCCAAUCCUUCCAACAUAUUCACGAAAAUUAGUAAUAAAAAAAACUUUAAUUUCAAUUGGAUUAAUAUUUUUUGCAGUAUCAAUUUUCUUGGGAAUUGUUUAUAAGUAUUCGUUAUUUGGAUUUCGGAAAAGAGUUCAAAAACAACAUUUAAGAAAAAAGAUAAAAAAAUAA